UCCCAGAAUGCAAGACGAGGAGGAGAGAAAUAGACCUACCCAGGUCAGAUGGGUGAUGGGCUAAUCAGUCCGUCUUUCGGUGGAGCAGAGCAGUGGAGUGUGAGGAUGAGUCGUUAGACUACUCAGCAUAGCCUUCUACCUACUGUACCUCAGUCUAGAAACGGACAAAUCAGACAGGAAUGUCUCACUGCAAAGGCAACGCGUCUGCAGAUGGGCAGAGACGCAGACGUAGGACCACAACGGAGAGUUCAGAUCACCACUGGGACUCUGAGUGUAGAGCUCACCGCCGUAGCUCCGUGUGUGACCGACUGUGUGUGCCAACACUCCAGUCAGAUGUGACUGGCACUCCCUCUCCAUGUGCCUCGCAUCAGCUUGGCCAAUACACGCCAAAAUGCCUGUCCGUACCCCGAGGAUGCACGUCGCGGUGUAUCGAUGACUGCUGUCAGGAGGGCAGCUGCCGGACCACCAUCCGAGCAGAGAACGAAGUGGAAGCACACAGGGAGGCCAACAACUACAGAUUUGGCUUUCGGAAGUGGAAGAGUCAUGUGACUGAGCGACCCUUUGAGCACCGGUCGGAGGAUAUCAAGGAACUCUAUUCGGAUCUGAACUUCAUCAAGCCAGUCAGAGGUUCUCCCAUCAGUGUUGGAAAUAUAGUGUACUUGUUUUUGUUUGGCUGGUGGAUCUCUUUAGUCUACUUACUUGUUUGUAUUCUAAUGUUCAUCAGCAUCAUUGGAUUCCCCUACGGGAAGCUGUGUUUCAAAUUGGCAUGCUAUUUUCUGUGGCCUUUUGGAAAAGCGAUUCAAAAGACGAGUCGUGUGGUUAAAGACUGUUUGAAGUCCUCUGACUGUGAAGCCAUCCCUGAGGAGGACUCAACUGAGGCGACUCCUCUGAUGAAAUCCUCUUCCUCUGUGGCCGUUGAGACUGUCCCCGUCCCCGUUCCCAUCCCCGUCCCCGUCCUCGUCCCCGUCCCUCCCCCACAGAGGCCCACAUACUGGUGCCGGGUCAGCACCUAUGUGUGGCUGCUGCUGGGCUUUCCUCUGCUGGCCCUGGUGCACUGCCUGGCCUGCUUCCUCGCCUGGCUCCUGGUCUUCGCCAUCCCCGUGGCCAAGAUGAACGGCCGCACCCUGAAGACCAUCCUGCUCAUGCCUCCAGAGGAAGUCCAUGUCCAAAAACUAGAGAAGCAAGGCUAUGAGACUACAGUGAUCCUGUGCUGCUAUCAUGCCUUCAACUGGAACUACUACAAGUAUAAAGUGGAUGGCAUCAAUGUUUUCGCUGUCAACCUGCUCCCCCUGGUGAUUGUCACCAUUGUGAUUGGCUACGUUGACCGAGAGAGCCACUACGUCAGCGCCGAGGCCAAGUUUGCCACCGCGGUCAGCUCCAUCAUCCCGCUCUCCUACUACAUUGGCAUGGGCAUUGCCAGCAUCUCGGCGCAGAGUAACUUUGCGGUGGGCGCGGUGGUGAACGCCACGUUUGGCUCCAUCACGGAGAUGACCUUCUACAUCACCGCGCUGCUGAUGGGCCACCGCGCCGGGAACAAGUGCUACGAGGAGAUCGUCAAAGCCGCCCUCACCGGAACCCUGCUGGGCUGCAUCCUCUUCAUCCCCGGCAUCUGCAUGAUCAUCGGGGGCCUGAAGCACAGAGAGCAACGCUUCAACAGUCGCUCUGCUGGAGUCAGCUCUGCUCUGCUUUUCAUAUCUGUAGGAGGUGUGUUUGCCCCCACCCUCUUCUCUAAGGCCUACGGCAGGCUGGUGUGUGAGGGCUGCUCCAUCGUCCAGGGGAAUCUCACCGCUCCCUUCUCCUGCAACAACUGCCACUACGAUCUGACGGAAAACAAUUGGUCUUUGUUUCACUGCCAUAUCGAGCCUCUGGUGUACACUAUUUCAGUGCUGCUGCCGGCUGCAUACCUCAUCGGCCUCAUCUUCACCCUGAAGACCCACUCCCAUAUCUAUGAUAUCCACAUCAAUGAUGACAAUGGACAAGGCCAUGGCCAUGUGGUGCACUGGUCCAGGCUGCGGGCGCUGGUUGUGCUGAUCAUGGCUACGCUGCUGAUGGCUGCCUGUGCAGACCUGAUCACAGAGAACAUCCAGCCAAUCAUCUCCCACUCCAGCAUCUCACAGUAUUUUGUUGGAGUGACUGUGCUGGCGAUGGUUCCAGAACUCCCGGAGAUUGUCAAUGGAAUCCAAUUUGCUCUUCAAAACAACAUCAGUCUCAGUCUGGAGGUAGGAAGCUGUAUUGCAGUGCAAGUCUGUAUGAUCCAGAUACCCUUGUUAAUCUUGUUCAACGCUUUUUAUGACGUUGGCUUCGUUCUCAUAUUCAGUGACUUGCACCUGUGGGCCAGCAUUUUUAGUGUUAUAUUGGUGAACUACAUCUUCAUGGACGGAAAGUGUGAUUACUUUCAGGGCACAGCCCUGGUGGUGGUCUACCUCAUCUUACUGGCAGUAUACUUCUUUGCCCCCUCUCCAAUUGGCUGCUGAAUGCAGUCAUACACAUUAUGUAAUUGGUCUGAUGACCCCGCCAAGACUCUCCUACUUGUCGUCUUUGUGUUUUUCGUGUUUUUAAAUAUGUUUGUUUAACAAAGUAAUGGAGCUCAAAUAAUGCAAUGUACUCCUGUUCUGUUCGGUUAAACACUAGAUCGCACCAUAAGUGUGUCCUACUUUAUGGUGACACACAGAUAUAUUGGCUAAAAUGUGGUGGGGCUAAAAUGCAGAAUGGUGCUUGCUCUGAAAAAUCUCUGUUUGCUCAGUUUUAUUGAAAAACUUUUCAGAUGUCUUAGAAGAACUGUUAUUUGUUUGUGAUGUGACUGUUUUCCAAAAAAUAUUAAAAUGCCUGUGUUGGCAAAUACCAUAUAGAAUUCAUAUAAUGAACUUUAAAGUCAGCCUGCCAUUAUUUGCAUGGUUUUCUUUAUUCUGUUGUGAUUUGUUUUACAGUUAAUGUGUUGACCUGAUCAUUAUAUACUGUACAUGAUGUACACAUAUUUAGAUUAGUAAUACAGUAUCUAUGGAAAUACAGUAUCCAUGUCAUUAUUAAGAUGAAUUACAGGUCCCUUAGAGUCCUAAAUCGU